ACAGUAAGGGUUAUCGGGUCAGCUGGAAACGAUCGCAGUCGCAAGUUAAUUAAAUAAAUUCAAUUAUUAAAAUAGCAGCAAAAUGAAAGUGUUCGCGGCGGUUUUUCUUUGCAUUCUGAUUGCCCACGAGGCCAAAGCCCAGUCAGAUUCGAGGUGCCUGAAUCCCAAUCAAACCCCUGGACUUUGUGUGCUCAUUAAUGAAUGCCAGACACUCUACUCCGUGCUGAAGCGGGCCACUUUGACUGAUCAGGAGAAGAGCUUCAUCAAGUCCUCGGCCUGUGGAAGGGGCAGCAAUAAUCAGCCCUAUGUUUGCUGCACCCAGGAUACCGGCUAUGUGAGGAUCCAACGCCAGGAUCGCACCUUUCCGGACUACGGUGCAUUUGGCGGUGAUUGGGAGGAGGAGCGGCCACAGAGUUUCGUUUUUCCCAGACAAGAAAGACGUCCCUGGAGCUUUGGCAACCAGCCAGCCACCAGCAGAACACCUUUUCGAAAAUCAUCGACUAGCGAUGGCUCCAGCUUACUACCUCAGCCUCCAUCCUGCGGGGGAGUGGGUAUUAGGAACAGGAUUUACGAUGGCCAGGACACCGAUGUGAACGAGUUUCCCUGGAUGGUUCUGCUGGAGUACCGCAGGCGAUCUGGAAAUGGUCUGUCCACCGCCUGUGCAGGAUCCCUCAUCAAUCGGCGAUAUGUCCUCACAGCUGCGCAUUGUUUGACUGGCAGGAUCGAACGGGAAGUCGGAACACUUGUGUCGGUGAGACUGGGCGAGCAUGACACUCGCACCGCUGUGGAUUGCCCCCCAGGUGGAGGAAGUUGCUCGCCGGAGGUCCAGCGUUUGGGCUUCGAGGAGAUCCGGGUUCACGAAAGAUACAGCGAGAAGGCCUCCAAUCAGGUGCACGACAUUGGUCUCAUUCGCAUGGAGCGCAACGUCCGCUACUCGGACAACAUUCAGCCCAUUUGCCUGCCCUCGUCUGUGGGCCUGGAGUCGAGGCAAUCCGGCCAGCAGUUCACCGUGGCCGGCUGGGGCCGUACUCUGAAGAUGGCCCGCAGUGCUGUGAAGCAAAAGGUGACGGUCAACUACGUGGAUCCAGCCAAAUGCCGCCAGAGAUUCUCGCAGAUCAAGGUGAACCUGGAGCCCACCCAACUCUGUGCCGGCGGACAGUUCCGGAAGGACAGUUGCGACGGAGACUCCGGCGGACCGCUGAUGCGAUUCCGCGACGAGUCCUGGGUCCUCGAGGGCAUCGUAUCAUUCGGCUACAAGUGCGGACUGAAGGACUGGCCAGGAGUCUACACGAACGUGGCUGCCUACGACAUCUGGAUCAGGCAGAAUGUGAGGGCUUAGGUCCCGAAUUCAAACUGAAUGUUCAAAACAAAAAUUGUGAUCUUUAGCACUCUUAGAUUAAUAUAGUAACUAACUUAGAUUUUAGUAGACAUAAAUAUUUAUUAAUGCAAAUACAAGUUUUAAAUCUG